AUCUAUCUCUUCGAUGAUCUGGUACUUGGUUGUGCUGCGUAUAUCUCCGAGUCUGAGAUGAUUCAAUUCACAUUUCCUGAGAAUUUGGUAUUAGCAUUCUAUUGAUAACCAUUUUGCAAGAACGCUCAAAGCCACCGACCUCACAAGUUAAGCAAAAAACUAAUUUUGUAAAUAAUAUUGUAUCUUGGAUUACUCCUGUAUGGACAAACUUCAUAUGUUCUUUUGUGGUACUGAACCUGUAGUUCUUUCACAGACAUUGCCUAUGUAUUUUAUGGCUUUAUAUGGUCAAUUAGUGUAGGAGAAAAGGUGUAAAUUUCCUUUUAUAUGCAUUCUGAUGCAUCUUUAUUUCUGUCACAGAUAUGGAACUGCUCUCGUGGUGAAGCUAAUUCCCGUGUCCAUGAGUUCUUUGAGACACCAUAUUUCAAGAAAGGCAUCCAACCCAUCCCAGGUGCUCGGGAGGUGCUUCAUAAUUUGUCGAGAUUUUGUAACCUGUCAGUUGUAACUUCUCGGCAGAAUGUAAUCAAGGAUCAUACAAUUGAUUGGCUAGAGAAGCAUUACCCAGGACUGUUCCAAGAUAUUCACUUCGGGAACCAUUUUGCUCUAGAUGGCCAGUCUAGGCCAAAGUCAGAAAUAUGCAGAUCAUUAGGAGCUAAGAUUUUGAUCGACGAUAAUCCAAGAUAUGCCAUUGAGUGUGCUGAAGCUGGAGUUAGGGUUCUGCUUUUUGAUUAUGAGAACUCGUAUCCAUGGUCCAAGAUGGAGUCAAUCAAUCAACAUCCCCUGGUGACUAAAGUUUGUAAUUGGGAUGAAGUGGAGCAGCAGAUAGUUUCUUGGAUCAUCUCGUAGCUGCACGAUCCUGUAACAUGCAUUGAAUGGAGACUAUCACUAUAAAAAAGAUCAUCUUAUGCCUACAACAUUUGAUGGUUACGUUACAAUUGCAGUUUCUCAUGAAGAUGCAAUACGGUGACUACUGACCAGCCAAGUUAGGUCCUGAUUUUUGCAUUGCCAUUAAGACUGAUGUGAAACAAUGUUCAGAUAACUAUCUCAUUUCUUCAAGAAAUUUUCUUAGUUAACAAGACAGAUGAGGAAACAAUGGCGCCUUCAGGUUGCCAAAUGUAAUGGAGAAACAAUGUAACAACAAAUUCAUCACAUCAGGGUUCUAAUUAUUGUGCUCCCAAAUGCAUCCUUGUG